CUAAUUUCUCAAAUUGUCGCACUGUAAAAUACAUUUGAGACGGAGAGAGACUGCAAUGGCUGACAACCUCUUCGAAGGCUUGCCUCCUCCUUCCCAGCAAAAACAAGAACAACUACAACAAGAAGAACAACACCGAUGCUCUACAACCGCUACUAUAGCCUGCGACUCUUCUCUUUCCUCUCCUCUUCCGGCUUCGAAUCCAAUUCUCAAAAGCGCCCUUAAGCGGCCCGAACCCACAGAAUCAAACCCUGAAGCCGCUGCCCCUAAAAAACGCUUGAGGUUUAAAACCACAACAGAUGCUUCGGAGAAGCAAAUUAUAGAGGCCAUGCAGAAGCUAGCUUCUCAUAUCAGGAACCCUGCCAAGUUUGGUAAGGCUUCAAAGCUGGCCAUACAGCUGAUUCAGGCGGGAAGUGUGAAGCCAGGGACUAGUGGUCAUUUCUUUGCCAUACUAGAAGCUGCAAUGUCUUUGUCCACUUCUUGUAUUGAUCCUUCAGUGCGAGCAGAUUAUCAUGCAUUGUUCUCAGCAGCACAAGAUGCCACAGAAUGCCUGAAUAAGAAGCAAAAGAAUCAGUUAACCACAUGGGUGAUACGGGCAGUGGAUGCAAAUGAUUUAAACACUGAUGACAGCUUUGUGUUUUCAAAAACAGCUGGACGGAUCAAAGAAGCGAUAUCUAAUCUCCCAGUUGCAACCGAGAUUGAUGACACCGAUGAAGCGGCAGCCCUGGAAGACGAAAUGGAAUUGACAAAUGGAGAUGGUCAAAUAAAACAGGACAUGUCUUUUGUUGCUCCAGCUGAAGAAAAUGAAGAGGAGUCUGACCCUUUCGGGCUUGAUGCUUUCAUGCAUAGUUCAGUUAAUAAAGGUGAAAAAACAAAGGGAAAGAAAGAUGCAGCAGCCAGGAUCAAAGAGGAAUUAGAAGAGAAUAAGAGAUUUGUCAAGUCACAAAGGGAAGCCUUGAUUGCAUGUUUAGAGAUUGCCGCUCGGCGUUAUAAAACUCCAUGGUGCCAAACAGUUAUAGACAUCUUAGUAAAGCACGCCUUUGAUAACGUAUCAAGGUUCACAUUCCGACAAAGGAAUGCCAUUGAGAAACUAUGGGCUUCUAUACGGGAACAGCAAGCUCGUCGGAAGCAAGGAAGGUCAGUUACCGGGAAACUCGACGUGAAUGGCUUCGAGUGGCUGCAGCAAAAAUAUGCUAGUGAAAAGAUUAGCAUUCGCCAUUCUGUUGGAGGUAGUGGAGAUCGCCGUGCUCAGCAGUGGCUUGGUUGAGAGUCAACUUGUUCUUUUACUGAAGUGUUGCAUCAUGUAUCAUGCCAAAUCCUUGCCAACCAGCCCUUAAACCAAAAAUUAAUUUAAAAGCAAAAACGAAAAAAAAGAUAAGGAAACCUCUUAGCUGUCUAUUAUGUGAACUCUCAAUUACAGCUUUAACACGUGAAGUUUGUGCUUUCGUGA